AUGCAUUAUUAAUAUAAAAUACUUUAAACAAAGUAGAGUUUGACUUACAAGUAAUUUUAUGAAAAAAUUCUGUGGUUAUUUGUUUAAAGUUCAGAACAUGAAAAAAAAUUCAAAGACAAAAGCAUUUUGUUUGGUUGGUAUUGGAUUGCUACAAAUUUACUGUGGUGUUUUUACUUUGUAAAAUUUGAGGUUAUUUUAAGAGAAAUGGAAUAUAGGGAAUAAGUAGUUUAGAAUUAAAGAUAAGGUAAAGUGGAUGAAUAUUUAUAAAUACCCACUUACUUAGAUGUUGAGAGAUUGUGCAAAGAGAGUACUAUCAUAUUAACAAUAAUAUUAUUUAUUGGAUUUUGCUUUCCAUUUGCGUGCUUUAUUUUGGGAGUGAUAAGCGGCAAGAAAGAGAAAAAUGAGAAAAAUCAAUCAAUUUGUUUGAAAGUAAAAAUAAUGUUUGCAUUUAGCUUUAUACUUUAUUUAUCGAUAUAUAUUACUGGUGCUUAUUCUAACCAUUUAUUUAAGCUUAACUUGAAGUUUUGCUUCUUAAUAAUUAAAUUUUGA